AUGUUGUGCGCAAUCUCCGGCGAAGCUCCAGAACACCCUGUCGCAUCGAGAAAGUCUGGCAAUGUCUUCGAACGCCGGCUCAUAGAAGCUUACGUCUCCGAGAAUGGCACCGACCCUGUCAACGGCGAAGAGCUUUCCACAGACGACCUCAUCGACCUCAAACAAUCCCGACUUGUCAAGCCCCGACCUCCUACUCUGACCUCGAUACCUGCACUCCUAUCGACCUUUCAGAACGAGUGGGAUGCUUUGAUCUUGGAGACCUUCCAGCUGAAGCAGCAACUGGCGGAGACGAGGCAAGAAUUGUCCACAGCUUUGUACUACAAUGAUUCGGCGCAACGGGUGAUCGCAAGACUGCAGAAGGAGCGGGAUGAGGCUCGGGAUGCACUCUCGCGAGUCUCGGUAUCCGCCACGACGAAUGGCGCCUCUCACACAAACGGCGAUGCCAUGCAAGUGGACGGUCAAGAGCUACCGCAAGCUGUGAUCGCAAGGAUGGAGGAGACACAGCAGAAGCUUUCGGCCACAAGACGCAAGAGGCCUGUACCCAAAGACUGGGCGACAAACGAUACUAUCGCGACGUACGAGGUCAAGACAACAGCCGACUCGCAAUUCACGGGUGCCAAGUCUUUGGCCAGCGACAAGACUGGUGACUUCUUCCUUUGCGGCGAUUCAGAUGGUGCUGUCGGGGUCUACGACUUGAAGGCGGGUGCAUUCACUACGAGGAGCAACCUUAAGUCUGGUGCCAUUCUACAUGGUGCGUGGGCGAACGACAAGCCCAUCGUGGCGACUUCGAGCGGAGCUGUUGUGGUUACGUCUGAGGGUACGGUGCAGGCGAAGUUCACGCAGCAUGCUGGUGCGGCUAAAGCCGUUGCCGUGCAUCCCAGCGAGGACAUUUUGGCAUCUGUUGGCUCGGACAGGAGUUACGUUCUGUACGAUUUGCAGGACAACAAGGUGUUGACGCAAGUAUUUACGGACUUUGUCCUUACAGCAGUGUCUUUCCACCCCGACGGCCAUCUACUGGCAGCCGGCGCCACAGAUGGCUCCAUCGUCUUGUACGAUGUCAAGGCCGCCUCACUCGCACACACCUUCCCACCAACAACCUCAGCACCAAUCACAGGCCUCACCUUCUCCGAGAAUGGCACAUGGCUAGCAGCAGCCACAGAAGGCUCAAAAAAUGUCACUAUCUACGAUCUUCGCAAGCUUGCCGCCCUCAAGACUCUCGACGUUGGUACGGCUGUCACUGGACUGUCCUGGGACUACACAGGCCAGUUCCUGGCUGCUUGUGGACCCGGAGGAGUGGUUGUCAGCGAGUACACGAAGAAGACGAAGGCGUGGUCUGAGCCGCUGAGGAAGGCGCUCAGUGCUGUUGAUGUGAAGUGGGGUGCCAAUGCUCAGUCGCUUGUUGCUUUGACAGGUGAUGGCGCUGUCAGUGUGCUUGGUGCUUAG